AUGGCAACAACGACAACUAACAGAAAUCUCUGUGAGACAUGUCGAAAAGUAAAAGGAGUAUCGAAAUGUGAAGGUUGUUCGAAAACCUUUUGUUAUAAUCAUUUCGUUGAUCAUCGUCAACAGUUAAAUAAACAAUUAGAUGAAGUUGAAGUAACUCGUGAUCUCUUUCGACAAACACUAAGUGAACAAACAUCAGAAUCACAAAAUGACAUUUUAUUACAACAAAUUAAUGAUUGGGAACGUAAUUCAAUUGAUAAAAUUCGACAAACAGCAGAUGAAGCAAGAAAACUAUUACUAAAAUAUACAGCUAAACAUAUUACUGGUAUAGAAAUUGAGUUGAAUAAAUUAACUGAUCAAUUGAGACAAAAUCGUCAAGAUAAUGAUUUUGUUGAAACAGACUUAUAUCGAUGGAUAAACCAGCUUAUUCAGCUAACUGAUGAACUUAACAAACUAUCAAAGAUGACAAUUCGACAAAGUUCAAGAUCACUUAUAAACAAAAUUUAUGUUGAUAUAUCAAUUAUAUCAUCAUGUUGGAUGGAAAUUAAUGCCAACACAAGAUGGUUACAAAAUGGUAUCACGGUUGCUGGAGAUAAUGAAAGAGGGAAUAGAUUACAUCAAUUGGAUCGUCCAUGGGGUAUAUGUAUUGAUGACGAUGAACAAAUGAUCUAUAUCGCUGAUACUUCUAAUCAUCGCAUUCUAGAAUGGAAGUAUGGAGCAACAAAUGGUCGAAUCGUGGCUGGCGGAAAUGGACCAGGAGAUCGAGUCGAUCAGUUAAAUAAUCCAAAAGAUGUUGUUGUUGAUAAAGAGAAUAAUUGUCUCAUUAUUUGCGAUGAAGGAAACAAGCGAGUGAUGCUAUGGCCUCGUCACAAUGCCACAAAUGGACAAAUAAUCAGCUCCAAUGUUCGAUGCGCAGGACUAGCAAUGGAUGAUGAUGGAUGUUUUUAUGUUUCUGACUGCAAGACCCAUGAAGUACGAAGAUGGAGAAUAGGAGAUAAUUGUGGAACAGUAGUAGCAGGUGUUAAUGGACGAGGUAAUCAUCUCAAUCAGCUCAAUUGUCCUAGUUACAUCUUUGUCGAUCAAUAUUAUUCAGUUUAUAUAUCAGACGAGAAGAAUUAUCGUGUGAUGAAAUGGAUAAGAGGUGCAACAGAAGGAAUUGUUGUUGCUGGUGGUCAAGGUAAAGGAAAUGGUCUAGCUCAAUUAUCUUGUCCUCGUGGAGUAAUUGUUGAUCAGUUAGGUACUGUCUAUGUGGUAGAUUGUGAGAACAAUCGAAUAAUCCCCUGGUCAAAAGAGGCUAAAGAAGGUACUGUUGUUGUUGGUGGAAAUAACCAAGGAAAGCAAUUAAAUCAAUUCUAUCAUCCUGAGGACUUAUCAUUUGACCGCGAAGGCAAUAUCUAUGUUGUCGAUUGUAGCAAUGAUCGAAUACAACGAUUCAAUAUUGAUUUAACUUCUAGUUAG